GCGAAUUUAUUUUUACCGCCAAACUGCCAAGUAGCCAACUUCAGUUCAGCACAUGAAUGCAGAUUGUAAACAAACACUUCGAUUUUCAUUUACCAAGUUUUUACUGAAAGAAAUACCUCAGCAAUUAUUUUCUAUUUGUUAAUUAGUAGUAUGGAAAACUAUUUUUUAUAAUUCGAUUGUUUAUAUCAGGUUGCUUACAUGACAAUUUCUAAAAAGAUAAGUUAGAUAUUCAUUAUGGAAUCAAAUGAAUCUGAUAAAACCAUAUCAAGUCAUCCUUUGAAACACCUUUUGUCACUUGAAUGGGAUGAUGCUAAUGAUAUGUCUUUAACAACAAAGUCUGAAGAAGAGAACGGACCACCAAAGCAAAAGAAGAAAGUUAGAUUCUCUGAUACUGUUGAGCAAAAUUUUCUAGACUCCAAUGAUGUUGAAAGUAAUAUUAGUAAUUCAGAUAGUGAAAAUGAUAAUUCAUCUCAAUAUGAGGAAUUCUCUAUAUAUGAAGAUAAUUUUGAAGAUUAUGUUGAUGAUGAAGAGAAUGCUGAUGAUGACGAGAAUGUUGAUGAGAAUGCCGAUGAUGACGAGAAUGCUGAUGAUGGCGAGAAUGUUGAUGAUGACAGGAAUGUUGAUGAUGACGAGAAUGUUGAUGAUGACGAGAAUGUUGAUGAUGAACAGAAUAUUGAUGAUGAACAGAAUAUUGAUGAUGAACAGAAUAUUGAUGAUGAACAGAUUGUUGAUGAUAAACAGAAUGUUGAUGCUAUAGAUAUUAUUGAUGAUGGAAAGAGUGUUGAUGAUGAAGGGAAUGUUGACAGUAAUGUAUCAAGUGAGUCACAAUUCAAAUUGAAGGAUAAUUUGCCGCAAUCAGAAGAGUUACCUCAUAGUGAUAGAAUGGAGUCUUUGCCUGUAAAUAAUCAAGUAAAAAAUCUGGAUAAUUUGAAUACUGAAGUUGAAAAACAAAUUAUUCAAUUUAGUUGCCAAAUUCAGAAUGAGAAAUCUGAGAUUGUUCAUGGUGGUUCUGAAAAUAAAUUUGAUGUAACUACUUCUGAUGAUACAGGGCUGUAUGACUCUAAAACCGAAUUUGAUGCUUUUGGAGCAAUAUCAUCUGAAAAAAAGAUCUAUAGGUGUGAUAAAGGAAUGCUUCCGAAACAAUCUGAAAAAAUUAAUGAGUUGUUGAACAAUACUGAUUUAACAUUUUCAAAUGCUUUGCAAAUAAAACAAGCUGUUUGGGAAGCUUGGAGUACAGUAAAGAAAUGGGAAUAUCUUGCAAAGAAGCACACAAGAAAUAAAACUAGUGAAAGAUCUGAUCACAUGACUGAAUCUGUUGCUAAGAAAGCUGAAGUAAUCCAACGCCCUCUUGCAUCAAGAAAGCGGGUAACUCGAAAGAAAAAACAAGCAAACUUAAGCCAUGUUGAUAAACAAAUCCAAUCAUCAAAUAAACAACGAGAAAAAUCUAAAGCUGAUAAGGAGGAAAGCGAAUUGGCUUUCAAAUCAUGGAAGAAUCAGAAAGAAGAAAUCCUUAAACAGAAUGCAAUGAAGCAGCAUAAUGAAAAGUUACAAAAACGAAUGUCUUCAUUGAUGAAUGAGGAAAUCAAAAAAGAAAGGGCGGAAUCAGCUUAUAUUGAAUGGAAAAUGAGAAAGUUAAAUGUAUCUAAAAAGGAAAAAGAAAAGAAGGCUUGGCUUAUGCAAAAAGAGAAAGAAGCUAAUGAACAAAAACUGCAAAGAGAUAAAGAAUCUCAAGAAAUCUUUCAGGAAUGGUUAGAAAGAAAAUAUUUUCAAGAUGACAAUUAUUCAAUGACUUUUAAUGACAAGCCUCCCUGGUUACCUCCUGGGUACUCUUAAUGCUGGAAGCCUUGUAAUUAUAAUAAAAUAUAUAAAAGAUAUAAAAGAAAUUUUCCCUCCAGAUACUACAGAUUUAAGAAGUGCAAUUUCUCAACGAACAGUAUAUUCUUGAUGAACAAGAUAUGUAACUACAAAUUGCUAUUACAUCUAUCUACCAAAUUCGGAAAAUGAAAUUUACUUGGGGAUGCAGAAAGAGUAAAAGAUAGGUGAGAGUUGUUGAAGAAUAUCCAGUUAAGAAAAUAUACAUUAAAGAUGCAUUUUGAAUUGCAGCACAUUACUUUGAACUGUACUUAUAAUGCAAUACUAUAUGAAUUUAAUUCAGAUGUUUUGACAUUUAUUAAUUGAUAAAUUUUAAUUCAAAUUCACCUAUGAUGAACAAAAGUAUUGAUGAUUGAUUGUUUACAUUAGCGUUCAGAAGUGAGCAAAUAUUCUGCUUGUGUAAAUUGAUAAUUUAUUUAUAAUAAAUGAAAUGAUGUAAUGAAAUAAAAUGUUAUUUCAAAAUA